UUAACUCCUGGAACCUACCUGCAGGGCUGGAAUUUAGCCUAAAUGCAUAUGAAGAAAUGACAUUUUAAACCAUUUUAAGAAUACCUUAAAAAUUUCCCGUGUAGCAGGAUUUGAUAGGCUUAACAACGUGACAGGUAAGAACUUUCUUUCUUUCUAGUCCCUGAACGCCCCACGCAGGGAAAGCCGAAGCGGAACGGGAUCCUGGAGGAAGGAGAGCCAGGGGACCCGAGUGCCCUUCGGGGCUCGCAGGCACUCGGCCUGGCGGCUGCUUUCGAGACAAGCUCAACCCUCGCUUCCUGGACGGUGGGGCCAGCGGCCGGGAAAGCUUCUGGGGCGCGCGCGCGGGGAGGCGGCGCAGCGCUGCACCUGCCCUGCCCAGGACAUAGCCCCGGGGCGAGACGUCCAGGGACCACCCUCAAGUCAAUAUUGGGAUUUUUAAUAAACCAAGGAAUGGGAUUUUAAUUAUUUAAAACCCAGCUCCUCUGGGCCAGAUGCCGUUGGGAUGGUCCCAGUCACACAAUAUUAAAGAGACCCAUCACUAAGAGGACGAGACAAGCGUUGCAAUUACGAAUGAACCAGAGACUUGGUAGCACAGGGCAUUGAUUGCUGGUGCCCAGCCGGACCCUCCUCCCCUUUCCACCCCCCCCCCCCCCCACCCGAGGCAGGCUCCGGCGGCGGCCGGGACCUCGCGUCCCUACAUCGUGGCCGGAGCUGCAUUUUUCAUGAGCCCGGGGUGAACAGGUGCGAAGUGCGCUGGGAGCAUCCGGCCGACGGCCGGGAGCGGGGAACAUGGAGAGCGAGCGCGACAUGUACCGUCAGUUCCAGGACUGGUGCCUCAGGACUUACGGGGACUCAGGCAAGACCAAGACGGUGACCCGUAAAAAAUACGAGCGGAUCGUCCAGCUCCUCAACGGCUCCGAGUCGAGCUCCACGGACAACGCCAAAUUUAAAUUCUGGGUCAAAUCGAAGGGCUUCCAGCUGGGCCAGCCGGACGAGGUCCGCGGGGGCGGCGGCUGCGCCAAGCAAGUGCUUUACGUGCCGGUCAAGACCACGGAUGGUGUAGGGGUGGAUGAGAAGCUAUCUUUGCGGCGGGUAGCUGUGGUUGAAGAUUUCUUUGACAUUAUCUAUUCGAUGCAUGUGGAAACAGGGCCAAAUGGAGAACAAAUUCGGAAACAUGCUGGACAAAAGAGAACUUACAAAGCAUCUGGAUCCAUUUUUUUUUCAGAUACAGAAAAAUGUGUGAAAUGCUCAAAGUUUCAAAUACAGAUUUCAGAGAGCUAUGCCUUCCUACCAAGAGAAGCGGUGACACGGUUUCUAAUGAGCUGCUCAGAGUGCCAGAAAAGAAUGCAUUUAAACCCAGAUGGAACAGAUCACAAAGAUAAUGGAAAACCUCCCACUUUGGUGACCAGCAUGAUUGACUACAACAUGCCGAUUACCAUGGCCUAUAUGAAGCACAUGAAACUGCAGCUGCUAAACUCACAGCAAGAUGAGGAUGAAAGUUCCAUAGAAAGUGAUGAGUUUGAUAUGAGUGAUUCAACACGGAUGUCAGCUGUGAACUCUGACCUUAGCUCCAAUCUGGAGGAAAGAAUGCAAAGUCCUCAAGCUCUUCAUGGCCAGCAAGAUGAUGAUUCUGCUGCAGAGAGUUUUAACGGCAAUGAGACUCUGGGGCACAGUUCAGUUGCUUCAGGGGGAACACACGGCAGGGAGAUAGGCGACUCCAAUGGUGAUGGCAAACCUGGGCUGGAGCAGGAGGAGCAGCCACUGAACUUGAGUGACAGCCCCCUCUCAGCACAGCUGACUUCGGAAUACAGAAUAGAUGACCACAGCAGUAAUGGAAAAAACAAAUAUAAGAACCUUCUAAUCUCUGACCUCAAGAUGGAACGAGAGGCGAGAGAAAAUGGAAGCAAGUCUCCUGCGCAUAGCUACUCAAGCUAUGACUCCGGCAAAAACGAGAGUGUAGACCGAGGUGCCGAGGACCUGUCUCUAAACAGGGGAGAUGAGGACGAAGAUGACCACGAGGAGCAGGACGAUUCUGAGAAAGUGAACGAGACGGAUGGCGUUGAGGCCGAGCGGCUGAAAGCCUUUAAUUCUCGACCUAUUCCUUCCCACCUUACUUCAGCAGUUGCAGAGAGUAUCUUGGCCUCCGCCUGUGAGAGUGAGAGCAGAAAUGCUGCCAAGAGGAUGCGUCUGGAUAGACAACAGGAUGACUCCGCGGCGGCCGACAAGCAGUGUAAGCCGGAGGCGGCCCAGGCCACGUACUCCUCCUCGGCGGUGUCGGGCUCCCAGGAGGUGCUGUACAUCAACGGAAACGGAACCUACAGUUACCAUAGCUACCGAGGGCUCGGAGGGGGCCUGCUCAAUCUCAAUGACGCGUCCAGUAGUGGACCGACGGAUCUCAGCAUGAAGAGGCAGUUGGCAACUAGCUCAGGAUCCUCCAGCAGUUCAAGCUCCAGACCCCAGCUGAGUCCAACUGAAAUCAAUGCCGUGAGACAGCUCGUUGCAGGAUACCGAGAAUCAGCUGCAUUUUUAUUGCGUUCUGCAGAUGAACUGGAAAAUCUUAUUUUACAACAGAACUGAGUCAAAUGACGAUCCUAUUCACUGAGGUCUAAAUUUGCAGUUUCCACUAAUGACAUUUUGAUUUCCCAGCAGAGACGCUUCUGGUCUUACUGCACAGUCUUAAGAGAAAUACUUCCAUUAUGCCACAUUGUCCUUGAACCAUAAAGUGAUGUGUUAAGGUGCUUCAAAGGAACUCUGACCUCUGAAGUACUUGAGAUACUGUAAUGUGUCCAGCCUACUGCUUUAUGUUUUAGUUUCUCAGCAUAAAUAUCUGGGGGGGAAAAAAAAAAGCUGUAUAUUCUUAAUUCAAGGAUAAAACAGAAGAAGUUUGUGGUAUAAAAAAUAGUUCAAGAUCCAACUGAAAUAUUAGUGGAAUUUACUACUGACUUACUGGACAGAAAGCUACAGUAUCUGGCAAAAAAAAAAAAAAAAAAGCCAAAUUUCUUGUUGCUACAGGAUAUAACAACACUGAGAAGGAUCUUGUAUUUUAAAAAUAUAUAUAUAUGUAAUUUUUAUAAAAAGACAAAAACUUGUUUUUCAUUCAAAAUUGUCAUUUUUACUUUGGUAACUUUUUCAUAGGUCCUAAAAGAAAACUGUUUUGAGAAACUACUGUAAGUACCUUUUCCACAUCCCUUUGCCUUCUCCUCUUUCCAAAUCCUUUCUACAAAAAAUAACAAUGCUGGAAAACAAACCCUUGCUACGUUCUUGAAAUCGUCACAUCGGGAACCACUUCCACGAGAAGCCUGCGCGUCUGCACUCGCGCUCGUCAUGCCUCUCAACAUCGCAGUUUCGCAAUAGAGGUUUUCAUCACAGAAUGUUUUAAUAUUAAAAAAGACAUAUCAUUGAAAAAAAAAAAAUCACACCUUGGUUCCUUACUGCUGCUCACCGUGGAUUGACGCUGCUGUGUUCCGGGCGCGCCUCCAGCAGCAGUUGGAUGUAGAUGGCUGAAUGUUAAGAGGUUGCAAGUGACAAUCUGAAAAUUUGCACUCGAGUGUAGUUUUUCUUUCUCUCUUUCAGAAAUAGUUUCCAAAAAGACCAUUACCUCUCCUGAUAGGAUUUGUAUAAUUUGCAGUUCUAGGUAAUGAAUUACAGUGAUGUAAAGAACUCAGUGGACGCAGCUGCAGCUUUUCCACGAACUUUCCCUUCCUCUCCCUCUCCCCCGACCGUUGCCCUUUCUUAUUUUAUAGUGUUGGAUACCCAUGAAUGGUGUUUUCUUUGUGCACUGAGGCAAGCCUAUUUUUAAAAUAUUUAGGGAGAAGUACAUCAGUUUAUGCUUCUUGUACAAUUAUCUUUCUGUUGUUCUGCUUUGGUUGGAUUAAAAAUUCUUUGUGCAUUCCUGAAUUUGCCUUAUUUUCUGUAAAACUUAUGUCAUUCAGUUUUUGAUAAUGAGUUUAAGGCAUCAGUGAUAUUUCUUAUGUACUUGUUACAUAUAGUUUUUCAAGUAAUGACUGUGAUUGUGACCAAGUAAUGUGCACUUUUUCUUGUAACUGUGGACAUUGCUAUGCUUUUUCUUCUAGUGUUUCUAGAAUUACUGUUCCUGACAGUUCCGUAAAACAAACAAAAAAACACAAAAAAAGAACUUUUGUGAUACUGUUGGUGAAUAUAAUGUGAAAAACUUAUUGAAAUAUGAGUAUUUUGGAAAUACAUAGAUGCACAAACAUCUUUUAAGGUGUGGAUUUAGAGUUUGCUUAUUUAAAUGAAAAUUCAAAAAAAAAAUCGAGGGCUGGUAUAAUUUUAUCUGUUUUGUUUGGUUUAAUAAACAGAUUUCUGUGUAAAAAUAA